ACUUCCGGCAGCACAGAGCGGCGUUGCGAGGAGGGCGGGGACUUGUUAAGAAGAGGAGGAAGAAAAAAAAAGUAACGAGCCAGCCACGCGCGUGCGCAGACCUCCUUUUUUGGGGGGGGGCAAGGCUCGCCUUUCCCUCCCUUCCCUCAGGGCAAUGAUUCUUUCCCCCGCCCCCCCCACAACAACAACAACAACUCCUCUGGCUUGCGCGAAGGGGUUAAAAAAAAGAAAAAGCAAGCAGGGAGACGUUGGAAGUAUUUGACAGCAGGGCGAAGGGGGGGCCAUGAAAUCCAGUUCGGGUUUUCCCUCUCGUCCUUCCCCUCAGCCGUGCACGCGCGCGCGGCGGAACGUUAAAGGGCGGCGGGUGUGUGUGCGCGCGCGCGCCUGCAGCCUGGUUCUGGAGCGGGAGGGGGAGGGGUCUCUCCGUCCCUCACAGCGUCUCUCUUUUUUUCCCCCUUUCCCCUGUGAGGGAAGAAGCGCGGGCGCGAGAGCGCGCGCGUGUGUGUGAGAGAAGGGGAGAGAUACGGCGCUGCAGGCGGGGGUGGCCGAGGCUCGGCUCGCCUCACACACAUAACACGCCACUUUCCUUCCCGGAAUGUGAGGCGCGGCGGAGCCGGGGUUGUCAAGCGCAGGUUCCCACAGUAGCGGCGGCGGCGGCGGCGGCGGCGGCCUGGGGCUCCCCAGUGCGGGGCCGGGCGCUGACUGACUGGCGCGAGCCUCCGCGGUCCCAGCCCUUGAGGGAAGAAGGGGCGGCUCCUUGGGCGGCGGCAGAGGCUUCUUCUCCCCCUCGCCCCGCUCCUCCUCGGGUCUACUUCCCCGAGCUCCUCGCCCGCCAUGAAGAAGUUUUCUCGCAUGCCCAAGUCUGACGGCACCGGAGGCAGCACGAGUAGCGGCGGCGGAGGAGGCGGCGGCGGAGGGACGUCGGCGGCCGUGUCGGGCUUUGUGGCCGGAGGCGGGCCGGCCGUGGGCAGCAGCAGGGUCUUCGCCGUGGGGCGCUUCCAGGUCACGGUGGAGGAGCUGCUGGCGGAAGGUGAGCUGGGGAAGUAGGCCGGGCAAGGACCUUCAGGCGGGGUGGGCUCUCGGAGAGGCCUCGUAGGGCGCCCGGGGCUCCGCCGCGACCCCCCCCCCUCGGUAUCGGGUGCAAGGACUCCUUGGGGUGGGGUCUCGGCUGUUGCCAUGACUCGCAAGACCAGCUGCGUUCAACGCCAGCUGUUGGUAAACCGAGGGUGGGUGUGGGUGGGGAUCUCCACGGAGUUGCUGAACCCGUAAGUUGCGAUAAGUGCUGCAGACGUGUUCUCUCCCCCCCCGCCUCUUUCUCACUCUUCCCCUCCCUUGUGUUUUUCUGAUGUAAGAACCCCGCAUGCUACUCUGGGGGAAGAGGUGCUACUACGGCCAGAUGCGGAUGCCAACAGCGCUUGGUCACACCUGCACACCUGGUAGCCUUGGCCGUAGCUGCCCCCUUGAGCAGGAUCGGCUGCAAAGCCAGGAGGGCGCAUGCAUUGCUCUCAAAAGCGCACCUUUUGACACGCCCAAGACCGGUGCCCUCAUCCCGGAGGGGUCGUGUGAAGUGGGGAGCAAGUACGACAACAGUGUAUAUGAUAAGGCUCUGUGCCGAAGCAGCUGCCUAUGGUGUAGUUUUCUCCAGCUGCGGGCCCCAGAGAGGCACUCUUCUUAUCUUUAGGGAAUAGGGAGGGGAUCUAAGGCCCCCAAACAGAGUUAGACCCCACCCACCUUUUUGUUUGGUUCUGUGAAAGCCACCACAACGUCCAUUCUAAUUGCCCCCCCCCCCGUGGGUCAUGAUUGCCUGCGCUGAUGUUCUUUAACAGUGGAGUUGUGUGUUCUUGAUCGUCAGGGUCAGACUCCAGCUGCAUGCACAUACAUAAGAAAGUACUGUAAAUCCUAUGGAACAUUGGUAAACAUCAUUUAGAUAAGGAUGUGUUUUUUUCAGGGAGGGUGGAAUACUGUGGCAGGUGAAAAGCACUGUGAGGAAUACACAGGAGUGUGUUGUCUUGGAGGACCAGGCACAUUAGGUUUUAUAGAGGGAGAGGGGCUGUGUGUGUGUACACUUUUGCCCUAGAAUGUGAGACAGAAUUUCUUGCCAUAUUGUGGCAUUCACUUGUAAAAAUUCACAGUUUAGUUACAGCUGUAAAUAAAAUAAUGAAACUGAAAGGAUUAUCCUGAAAAACGGCUUGCAGGAGUAUCCCUUUAAUAAAAUUUAGGGAAGUAGUCCUGAAUUUGUGUGUCCCUGUAAUACACACAAAACACAACACUUGCGUUGUUUAUGGUGCGUUUAGAAGUUUAAAAAUGUCCAUAUCUUUUGACAAAAAAGAGUUGCUGCUGCUGCAUUUGAGACAUAAUGUUAAUCAAGUAAUGAAUGUACAGUAUUGUGUGUGUGUCUUCUUUCUUGAGGGAAAAAUUAAUUUUUUUAAGUUUGCAGGCAGUGCCAUUCAUCUUGGGGCAUGGCUAACCCAAACAUAAACAUGUGUCUUUUGGGGGGUUAUUGUAGAUACUUCUGUCAUUUGUGGGGAUGAUAGGAAGUCCUAUAUUGUGUUGGGAUAUAUUUCUGCUCUUUACCCCCUAGAAAAUGGACUAUUUUAUUGAUGUUGAAAAAGAACUUUAGGAUUGUGCUAUUAGCACUCACUUGCCAGUCUAUGCAAGCUUUAAAGCUUAUGAGUUUCUUUCUUUUUCUAGAGAUUUAGGAAAUGCUGUUUAUAAGCAAUGAUUGUAAUAGAACUUGUAGUCCUCUUUCCCCAUGGCUGGGGUAUAGGUAAAUUACAAGUGGCUUCCUUUAAAAAAAAAGUUUGUGUGUGUCUUAUGUGUAAACUUAUCUGUAAAAUAAACUGUAUUAUAAAGCAUCUUCCUGAAAAACAGAUUAUUUGGAGUUACUUCCCUUAGAUGGUAAAGAUCCUGUAAAAUACUCCUGUCAUUUUAGGUGCCUAAAUGGUGCAUUAAAUAAUAUUUAAUAUUUGUUAGUCUUAUAGUCCUUACUGUGGGACAAAGGUACCAUAAUCCAUGCCCAUUUAAGAGCAGCUAGAUGGCAGCUUCAUUGGCACAGGUGAAACCUUGUCUCAAGUCUAACUUUUAUCCUGAAAUCUUAAUUGGUACCCACUUAAUUCGCGAAAGUGCCUUUCCUCCAAUAUAUUUUCUGUGGUCAUUUAAAUGCUUUCCUGUGUGAGGUAUAAAUGCCAUUCACCAGGAGUUAGUAUAGAUGUCUUGUGGUUUUAUUUAAGAUAUGCUGGGGAAAGUGUUCAAAGUAACAAACAAACAAACAAACACCUGAGCAUUCUUCAGUUCAAAAACAUUUUGCAAAGGAUCCAUUUGCACCAUGGAUAGCACCCAUGCAUGUUAGAACCUGAUAGACGUAAUAGAGCUCUGUUUCUUCUCAUACCUAUGUGCGUACUGGCAGUGCAUGGGAUGUUAGGAAUGGGAAGCCUGUUCAUGGUUCCUUUACAUCCAUCCAGCUCUUCCUUUUUGCCUGUGGAUUGAAGUCUGAGGUGCUCUUUACUUAUAUGCUAGUACUCAGUUAAGUAGUUGGUUUAUAAUGAAGUUUGCCAUUAGGUCUCCCCCAUUCUCCAGUUUUUGUUAAUAAUCUGUAGUAUCCAGAAUCUCUGAAGUAGCCAAAUAGCUUGUGUUGAUUUUUUUGUUUACAUAUUUUAAAUGACAUAGAACUGAGAAGUCUUCAAGUGAAUAACCUGUUACCUGCAAAUACUUGUGUGUUAGCCCUAUUCUGUGGUUGUGUUUGAAAGUAAGUCUCAAAUUGCAUAAUGUAAGAGUGUAAUUUAUUUAGUUGAUUUAGAAAAUAAAUAUUAGCAAAGCUGAUAGUAGCAAUUUGCCUUUCUGAUAUGCUGCAGAUAGUUAAAUUUGAUAGUUACCACAGGCAUGAACUAGCUAGAGUUAAGCAUAUGUCUCAUUGACUUCAGUGAGCCAGAGUUAAACUUCUUGUAUUUAAAUAAAACUGAACUUGAAGGUGCUUAACUUUAUUGGAUAGAUGCACUAUUCUUAUUACAGAUUAUCUUCAGCUUAUUUUUUCCAAAAUUGUGUUGGAAAAAUUUUGCCAAAGUUGUGAAUAAUGGGUAUUUCCCAACAGGCAUGAAUUUGAUGCACAGUAUUUCUGAGUAGUUUUCUGUCUUGCAUGGUUGACAGUAUUUGAAUAAUCAUUGCAAAACAAACUGCAUAUGGUCAAAUAAAAAAUACUGGUUUGUUGUGUAUUGCUAGGGUGCGAAAUCUCUAACCUAAGGGCUAAAUUUGGCCCACAAGGCCUCCCCAUUUGGCCUGCAAGGCUGUUUCAGGCAACCUGUACCCAUCUGUCCUAUACGUGAUGCCAAAAUGACAUGAGGCUGGGCUGAAAGGGCUUUAUAGGCACUGCUUGUUGGUUGUGUAUGUAAAGCCCCUUGUGCAGCACUUCUGAAGUAUCAGACAAUCAGCUGAUUGUCAGAUACUGUGCAAAUAACUUUGCAAGCCAUGUGCUUGGAAACCACUUAGCACAGACCUUGCAAAGCCCUUCGUGCAACACUUUCCAAAUGCCCGACAACCAGCUGAUUGGGGAAACGCUGCACAAGUCACUUUACAAGCCUGUGUUCAACACUUCCGAAAAAACCUAGUGCAGGGCUUGCAAAGCUUAUUCAGCCUUGUGCGCAGCACUUCUCAAACGUCUGACAAUCAUCUGAUUGUUAGGUGUUUGGGAAAUUCUGUGCCCAGGACUGAGCAAGCCUCGUUGACCUAUCUCUCCCAUCCUCAUGGGCCAACUUUGACAGGUGUCAGUCACCUGACAUAAUUAUGAUGUCUGAUGAUUGUGCACAAGAAAGGAAUUUAAGCUGUAAACCGUUAAAGGUACAGAAUACAUAGAAAAAUAGUAAAUAAUGUUGUGCAAGGACUUGAACAAAAGAGGGCUGCCUCUGGAUUUCAAUUCCUUUUUCUUAGGCAGUGUUCUUGUACUCAUAGGAAAACACCUUUGGAUUCAGUUGUGGGUGAAGAUUUGAGUGGCUGAAUUAAGUGGUGUAGUCUCUUUUGUGAGAGGAGGGAAAGUAGUGAGUUUUGAUGGAAUUCAAAUUCUCCCACAGGUCCCAGGAUAGGAAUACUUUGGUUGGGAAGCUCAGAAACUUGAAAGAGCUCCCAGGAGGAAGGGAAGCCAUGAGGCCCAAUAUACAUGGAUUUUUUAGUUGUGGCUUCGACAUUCACGGCAGCCAUUGUGACCUAGCCAAACCAAAGGCAGUAAUGAUGGCCAAGAAGUAAGGGUGGUCAAAAUGGUCUCAGCAGUGGGGCAGGGAAAGAAUCAAGUACUGUACAGGGCCAAGCAUAGAAAUUAUUGACUGUUACACAGCCUUAUUGUGGUUCCACCUGAAUGCAGCUAGUCAUCAGACAAUCUGAAAACCUCUGCUCUAGUAUCUUUUAAUGCUUAAAUAUUCAGCUCUCUGAAGUUCAGAUAUGUUUGAUGCCCUCAGCACUAGUAUAGGGUACUAAAACCUUGAAAUGUGGAAGAUGCAUUCUAUUGGGGGGGGCAGAGGAAUGGACUUUUAAACUUUUCCUCUCCAGUUUCCUCCUGCCCACCUCUAGAUGACAAAUAGGUGUUUAGGGGUGGGGAGGGUUUUUUAAAGUGGGAAAACACUGGAUUGGAGGAAGCAAGGAGAGGAGUAGAAAAACUGGGUGAAGUGGUUUUGUGUGUGAUAGAGGGAGAGAAAGAGAGAAAGGAAAAAAAUGCUUGGAUGGGAGAGGAGAGGGAUUGUAUCUUGAGGAGAAAUGUGUGUACAGAGAAAGAGCUAACACCUCAAUCCAUAUUAUCCCUCUCACAAUUGUUUUGUUUUAAAGAAAUAUUACAGGAGAAAGUAUGACAGAAUUAGCAAACAAAGUUUAUUAAGGGAAAUAGAAAACAGAAUGAGUGCAUAACUGACAUUGUAUUUAUGAUUCCGAAAUAGUUUCUGUGUUCGUGUCAUAAUAAACAUUGGUUUAUUGAGAUAGUAACAAGCUUAGGCAAGCCUUGAAAGAUUGGAAAAGGGGGGUGGAGGUGGGUGCUUGCCACGGGGAGACUUCUGCGGGUGGGUAGACAAAAUAGGUGCCUUUGACUUUUUCCAUUUUCAAGAAACCUUGUGCUCAUCAGCAGCAGAGGACUUGGGAUCAGAUCAGGAAGUUAGCCCUGCGUCUUAGUGUAUAUAGUGCAGUAAGGGGAAGUUUUCAGGAGUUCUUACUGUCUCUCCUAAAGGCCUCCCCUCAAGUUCUGAACACUGCUACCUGACUCUUGUUCCAGAUUGACUGGAGCCCAAAACAGGAACAAUUAUGUUUAAGAGCUGGAGCUGUAUUUCAGCAUUUUGUUUGAGGUUCUUUAUGUGUGACAGGGGUAGGUAGAUUUUGUUUGGCCUCCCCCCCCCCCAUUUCCCCAUGGUUAGAUGGAACACAGGCUAUGAUCAACAACAUUAAUCUAAGUAAGAUCAACUUGAAUCUAAAUAUGGAGCUACAUGCAGAGGUAAACUAGCUAGCUCUGCCUCCCCCCAUCAGCUUGAAGAUCAAGAAGGUAUAGAGACUAGACUCCCCCACCCCCAUCCUGAUCUGUCAGAGACAGAAGCUUGUCCCUUUCCACCACCCACCCUGACUUAAGCUUAGAGCUGGAUAGAGGAUCAGAUUUUCCUCUGACCUUGUGCUGUGUUUGAGAUAUCUGUUUGCCCAAUAGAUUACCCUAACUUAGAGAGGGAUAUGGGGGUUUAGGAUUUGGAUACAGACUUGUUCAACUUAGACCACUUUAAAAUCAGUGUGAAAAGUUGUCAGUCAUUUCAGUUGGGUCUCAUAGAGCCUUUUGCCAUACAAACAACUUCUAUCACUUUUGGGAGCCACUCACUAUGAAGCCAGGAAGUUUCUUAUUCACCAUUGUUCAUUGCUUUGCCCAAACUGGGAAACUGUAGUUACCAGUUUCGGAGCAAGCCAGAAGUAUUAAACCAUGGUUUGAAGUUGGUCCUAAUAGUCUUGGCUUGUUCCUAAUUUGAUAGCCAUACUUUUCUGGUUUGGAUAAAGGAGGGAAAUGUCACGGCUUACAAAUCUCAUGGCUUAAUUACAGCUUGAACAAAAGGGCUGUGUAUAUCUUAAUACAAGAUAUGAUAAUCUGAACCAGCCCAGUGUGUCCUGAGAUUUUGGCAUAGCUGGAUGUAAUGCACACUGUAUGGUAACCAGGCCAAUACAGAGACACUUAAAGGAAGACAUUCCAUGUUGCUUCCAGCAGGUUAGGAGCUGCUUGGAGGUGGUUGUGCCUUAACAUAUAAAUAAAAGGCUCCUAAUGUGGUAAGAGUUUGCAACAUUCUAUACAUCUCCUUUCAUGCUGGCUACAAAACUAGUGUUACUCUUAAAUUCUAUUUAAAUUAGAAGUUCUCUGUAUUUAUACAAUCUGAAUACAGGCAGUUUAAAAAUACUGUAAGGUUUUCACUUAAAUAUCUUUUCUAGUGAGGUGGGCUGGGAAGCUUUCAAUAAUGGAAAUAUUCUGUUGUUAUAUUUUUGUACAGAGUUCUCAUUUUCUAUGAAAGCAUUGUUCCAGAAAAUGAAUAAGCAACAGAAAUAGACACAUUAUCAGAUUUUGCUGUUUCAAAGUUACUAACCAUUGUAAAUCAUGUACUGUGUGUGUGUGUGUGUGUGUGUGUGUGUGUGUGUACCGGUAUAUAUAUAUAUAUAUGUAUAUAUGUAUAUGUAUGUAUAUAUAGAGAGUGUGUGUGUGUAUAAGGUCUCUAUUUGUAAAUGUGUAAGUGAAUUAAAACCAAAAGUAUGCAUAAUCCAAGUGUGCUGAAUCAGUUUCAGGCUCCUAUUCUCUUUCGGUGUGUUUUUGAGUACCCUUUAAUUGCCAUACGUUGCAUAUUGAAAGCAAAAUCUUUGAAAACUUGUGGGAAGGAUUUUUGAGAGAAUGGCCAUAUUUUUUCAUGCCACACUAAACAGGAGCAUGCCGCCGGCUUACGUGCUCCCCUUUCAGCUCAUCUUUCCUAUGCAGGUGAGAAAAGGAGUUUGGGAGCAUUUGUUCCUUUAGUUUAACUGCAUUUUGUCAUGUCAUCCAAACCAGCAAGUGUGUGUUAAUGGAGACUACAUCCUCCCCUCCAUCCAAAGCAAAGGAUUGCCCCAAUGCCCAACCAGACGAUUGCUAUGAGGUAGGCAAAACCACCGGAUGAGGUAGGCAAAACCACCCGGUGAGCAAAUUCCUACCUGGCUGCUUAAAGAAUGGCGACCACUGUAGUCACAGCAUAGUCAUUGACUAUCAGCUUAAACCUAGGGCAGGCGGGCAGGGAAACCCCCUGGAAAGGAACAAACAGGUAGUGCCCCAGGUACAGGCUGCUUAAAUGGGCAAGGGGUGGAUUGAGGGAAGCCUACCUGCUUCGUUGGCUCCACCCCCUGGCACAGCCCGAGUUCCCAGCCUGCAUCCCCAUUUUCCAAAGCUGGAUGCCCACUAGGAUCCGUUCCUGAUAGGCGGAGGGGGUUUAAGCCGCCUACCAGGAAGGGCACUGCUGUUCAAGUUCCCUCAUCAGGGCCCCAGUGAAGCCUCUGCCGUCCUGCAACGCUGUUGCACCAAGAGGGGUGAGCAGACUUGUCAUGCCAUCCAAAACAGCAAGUGUGUGUGUUAAAAUUAAUGGGGGGACUAGUCUCAGAGAGUUUGCUUAAAGCUAUACUUGCUGGAGCUGACUCAUUUAAACUUGCCAUUGUUAAAAUGAACAACAGUCAGGUGUGCCUGCAAAAGUUUAUUUUGGGGGGUGGCGGCUUGUACACUAUGUUGAUUGGGCCUUCUGCCCCACUUGUAUUUUUACUGGGUUUGCGUGUAGUAAACCAAACCAUGGCUUAAUACACAUGAGCAAAUGUUAAAGUUCUCAGAUCCUCUUUUCCAGUCCUGCUGCUGCAGUACAGCGUGGGGCUGAUGCAUAUCCAAAUCUAUGGUUGUGGUUUGUCUUCCUCCAGACAAAUUAUGAGGCAACCAAGAUUUGUUCUCAGUUUACCUUUUUUGUUGUUGUUUCCACUUCUGCCAUGCUUUCUAGGCACGGGUCUGAGUGGUUUUUUGUUGUUCCCAUCACUUUCCCCAGGAAAACCUGCUCUUUAGCACUGAAUCAGAGCAAACAUCAAUUGGGUUUCCUUGCUCUGAUUCAUGAAAGCAUGGGAGAAGUGGAAAACUUCUUGAAGCGGAAGUGUGUGUGUAGGAAUACAGGCUUUGAUAUGAAGAGUCAUGUGUGUUCAACUAGUACUACUUUUUUGUCUUAGUUGUUGAGAGUCUGGAAACUUGAAAACAAAUAUUGCAUAAAUGUUAAGUUGCUAUGCAUACUACAACUUAAGUUCAGACAGUUCUCCUAAGUAUUAAGGAACAAUGUUGCAUAUCAGUGUUUGUUAUGAAUAUGGGUUUGAUGUCAAAAUUUGUCUUAGAGUGUAUUACUGUGAAUGGAAUUUGGAAAUUUGGGAAAUGGCUUCAUUCUUUGAAGAUAUUUGGACACAUGCUUUAAGUGGAAAAAGCUUUGAUAUCUCAGUUUUUUCAUAAACCUGAACUAUCUUUCCAUGAUUUAUAGUAAGGAAUGUAUCGAGGAUAUUAAAGAGCCCACAGUUCUCUAGUAAAUGUUUUUUGUUGUUAAAAAGUAGGUUGUUUAUACUAUGCAAGUUAUAUUCUACAGUUGUUUUAAUUAGGAGGACACUCAACUCUACUUAUAGUGAUAUAAGCUAAAUCUACAUAGUGAUAUAAGCACUUUCUUGAUUAGACUGAUAGCACUUAAAUAACGUAUAGCCUUUUUUGUUUACCUGUGAGCAACAAUAAAUUAUCAUUUUUCAGAUCAUCACAAUUGAUUGAUUGAAUUAAAACUGUAUAUGUUAGGCUAUAUUGCCACCUAAUGGCAUAAGAGUAAUUGCUUGCAUUUCCCCUUCAAUAUUUUCCAUGUUGCGUGCUGUGGAACUUAGCAAUUUCCCAGUGAGAAGGUGAAAACUGGUGGACAAACUUUCCUGAAAAACAGUUUGCCCACCAUUACUGCUCUUGCCCUACAGUGCACAGCUGCAGGUGUGUGGUUCAUGCAGGGCAAGGAGGAACUAUAUGUGCCCAUGAAAUGUCCUUGGCACUGAACAGGGCCUCUUUGGCAGCUUAAAUCUAAAAAUGAUUGUAAGAUGUAGGAAGCUUGAACUAAUGUUGCAGUUGAAGAAGUGCAACGUGUCUUAAGCUUUUAUCUGAUUUGCUUUCAAAACAAUAUCUUGGAGAAUUUCAGGCACGUUCAAAAUAUCUUUCUUAAAUGCUUUGGCUUGUAUCCAGUACUGUGGAUCUGUUUGUGCAACAGAACUUCCUGUUCUCUUCUGUGCCCUCCAGUCCCGUGUUCAUCCUUAAAAUCAGUUUUGCAGGGUUGGGUUAGGAUAGCCUGCCGAGAGACUAUGGGAGUGCAUGAGGGGGAGAUAAAAGGAAACCGAAAAUCCAUUGGGUGAAUGGAACUCAGCUAGUGCAGCAUUGGAUCCAAUCUUUCCUUGCUAACAUGUCCUUGAUUAUCUGAUUAUGCCCAGUAAAGUUUCUUUUCUCACUUUGCUUUAUCUGUACAGUGGAACCUCAGGUUACGUACUGUCCUCCUUACGAAUGCUUCGGGUAACAAGCUCCACUAACCUGGAAGUAGAUGCUCCUGGUUGCGAACUUUGCCCCGGGAUGCGAGCAGAAUUCGCACGGCAUGGCGGCAGCGGGCGGCUCCAUUAGCGAAACCGCACCUCAUGUUAAGAACGGUUUCAGAUUAAGAACGGACCUCCGGAACUAAUUAAGUUUGUAACCGGAGGCACCAUGAUAUCAGAUUCCAUAAGUGGCAAUGGCAGCAUGUUUUGAUCUUGGUUUGUAGGGCAAAAGCAGACCAUAAUUUGUCAGUUUAGAUGAAAUGACAAAUUGGCUUUCUGCAAAGCAGGGAGGGGUGGGAAUUUUUGCAUGCAAAGGAGGAGGGAAAUACAAGCAAGCCUGAGGAUCUUUGGGGUUCAUUCAUAUAGGGCCAACCACAGCUUAAAACUUUUCAUGUGAAAAGUUACUGGAUCUCUUGAGGUACAUGGUCUCCGUAAGUGUUGUAUAUUAAGCUGUACAAAAGCUGUUGAGAUUAGGGAAAUUGACUGAUUUGGGACAGAUAGGUGUAUUUGCACGGUCAAAUUUGCUUCCACGCUAAAAGCUGACUGAAGGUAAACCAUAGGGCAUAAUGCAGUGAAGAGUCUUGCUGUCUAUAAAUAGCAGAGACAUGACUAGUUUCAGAAGUUAGGUAUAAUAUGCUUUUUGCCUUUUGAGGCUUACUUUUCUGGCAAUAGGACGGAAGUCCAUGGGGGUAAGUUGGUACAGGGUAGAUACUUGUUAUGAGUUGUCAAAUAUAGCCCCAAAGUUAUUUGGACAGUAAUUCCAGAACCAUGCCUGUGACAUGAACUGAGCAGUGAUAGUAUGCAUAUCUAGUCAUUUAAAGUAUGUGUUUAGUCUUUAUGCGCUGCUGAACAUCUUGUAAACAGAUAAAAGCAAGUCAUAAACACUAUUAUGUAGAAUGGUUUUUUUUUUCAUACUGAAGAUGGUAGGACAUAAAAAUACUUGAAUGGUUGAAAUAUUAUAGUCCAAAGAGAUAAAAAGUAGUGCCUUGAUAGAUGCUAAAGAUUUAAAAUUUGUGGUUUGUAUUCAAAUCCACCUGCUGGAAUGCAUUUGAAAUUUGCAGUGUUUGGAUGUGAGGGUACAAUGGCAGCUUGGAUUUUCAAUCUGUUUUUCCAGAUAGUGUUAAGCUUAGCUGAAUCCAUAUUAAAUGUUUCCAGAACCAUUGUAACAACAUUUUUCUUCUUUUGUGUCCUGUUCAAUCUUUGGAGCCAUCACAGAAAUCCAGCAUUUCACAUCCUUCACGCAACUCUGCUCCUGUUUUAUUUGGACAUUGGUGUAAUUAAAAAUGUCAACAAAUAUUGGUUUGCUUACUAGUCAGCUGUGACUUCUAGGUCCUCUGCCUCUUCUAGGUCCUCUCCAUAUGCACAGAGGAGGGAUGAGGUCUUGUUUUGUUUAGUAGCAGGAGGCUGGCUGGCUGUAGGCAUAGUAGAGGUUUUGUCUGAGGACCCACUACCAAUCUUCAGUUCAUUCAUACCGGGUGUGUGUGUGUGUGUGUGUGUGUGUGUAUGUACAAUAAUAGUCUCUUGUCCUUUAUUUUGUCAUUCAUUUCAGAUUCUCAUUUAUAACUCAAAAAUAAUAUUUUACAAUCAUUUGUUUAUACUUAAGCAUCUUAAUAUGUUUAUAGACCUAGUAAACUUUAGUCUCUGUUCUUUCAGGUGGCUUUUCCACAGUGCUACUUGUGCAUACACAUGGUGGAGUCCGAUGUGCAUUGAAACGAAUGUAUGUUAAUAAUGUGCCUGACCUCAAUAUCUGCAAAAGAGAAAUAACAAUAAUGGUAAGUAAAAUAAUACCUUAUUGUCAACAUAUUUUUUCGGUAUAUAUUACUGAUUUUCAAGAGAAAACAACAACAGCAUAAAAACAUGCAAGUUCCACCCACUUGCAGAAGAACAAGGAGUUGAAGGGCUUUUGAAGAUAUCAAAAGUGAAAUAAAUUGGACUCCAAAUGGCAGAGGACAGAAGCCACUUCAGACAGUGUUCUGUGGUCUUGGGAAGGCAGACAAAAGAUGAAGACCCUGUAUAUAUAUAUGUCCCAUCACAUAUUCCAUGAGUGAGCCUUAGGCAGCAAAAAAGUCAGAAGGUUUUUGCCUUUCCUUUGGCCAAUUCUAUAUUGAAAGACAUUUUUUUCUGCAUGCACAAUACUGGCAACUCAUUUUUUAUACCAAGCAUGCAUUAGUAUAAAAAAGUUUGAAUAUGUUGGCUUCACUUGUAUUACUUUCAAACAGACAUAGGAACUUCUGUGGGCAAAAGCUUCAGAACCCUUGGCUGUGCUGGAAGAGAAGAGAGGGGGAAUGUGUGAGCCUGGGAAAGGCUAGGCUUAUUCAUUUCUUUCUAAAUAAUAGUUGAAUGUGGUCUAAACAUAGUGUUAAAACUAAUAGAGGUUAACAUAACAUUCAUGGGCAAUACACAAUACAGAUUACUCUUCGUAGUCAUUUCACUAGGAUAGUGUGAAUGUAACAGAGGCCAGGUUUGACCAUCACGUUAAAGCAUAAUUAAAAUUAAAUUGUGGUUUAAUGUGGUUCAAAAGGUGUCACUGCACUCUUUCCCCCACUCCUUCCUUUGGUGCGCUGGGAAGGAAAUGAACCAGAGGCUGACUUCAUCGUACCUACAAACCAGUACUCAUUAUUGUUUUUUCUCCUUGGCGUCUGCCCAUUGUUUGCUUGUAGAGAAAAAAACUACAGGGGUAAUGCAAAGCCAGUCUGUGGUCUGUUUUCUCCCCUGUGUGAUGAAGGAAGCAGUGGUGGAGUGCAAUGAGACCUUUUGGCCAGCACAAUUCUCAUUCAUGUAAAACCAUAAUUUAAUUUUAACUAUGGUCUAAUGUGACUUCGGAACCAAGCCAUAAAUUCUAUAGUUUCCCCUCCUCUUCAAAUCUGUAACCCACCCUUUUAAACCUAACCUGCAGUGUGGGACGCGUAUCCCUCUUGUUCCGUUUUCUCACAACCUUUUCCUUCCCCUCUUUCUCAGGGCACACUUGCAAUCCAGACAUACUGGUUUAACAGUCAUUUUGUCUUCCUUGAGAACCCUGGGAAUUGCAGUUUUGGUGGUGAGACAGAGAUGUUGAACAGAACUUCAUCACCUGUAUCAAGUAACAGGCAGAGGAAUCUUAAACUGCUCGUGCAGGGGUCCUUAUUGUGGACAGUUCUUCCCACUGCAGCACAUUGUCCCACAUUGUCCAGUGGCUCCCUUUGACCCUUGGUCAAAGGGGGGUUCUGGUGGUGGUGGGAAAGGGGUCUUUAUGGUGGAGGAACAAAAGAAAUCAGUUGUACAAGCUGCCUUCUGCUUGCACAACAUUGGAUACGAUCUUAAGCUAUUUACUUAGUCUCUAUAAAUUGAUUUGUCAAACUGUUUAGUCAAGAUAAUCAUGAGAAGCAAAUGUUUUAAAGUGCUGAUAGACCUAUAAAGCCAUACAUGGUUCAGGUCCAAGCUAUCUGAGAGAACAUAUUCCCUCAUACGAAACCACUUGUGUUUUGAGAACUUUGGGAGAGGCCUUCUCUCAGUCUUGCCACCCUCACAGGCAUACAGGGCCCUCUCAGUGGCUGCUCCAGGACUUUGGAACUUACUACCUAGAUAAGUUAGACUGGCUCCCUCCUUGUUCUUCUGCCGGCAGGUGAAAACUAUUUUGUUUCAAUAGGCUUGGGGGGAGCUGCUUUUAAUGAAAUGUAUGGUGCCAUGCUGCCUUUAUUGUAAUUAUCAGCAGCUUUAAUAGAUUUUAAAAUAUAUAUAGUCCCUCCCCCUUUUUAGUGAUUCUUAUGUUAAUUGUAAACUGCCUUGAGUCCUGUGAGGGGAAAAAGAAGAGAUAUAAAUAAAUAUAUAAUAUUAAUAGUGAUAUUUUAGAUAGCUUUGACUAUGGCAUUUUAGGCUAAUUGCAGUAAUGCAUGUAUACUAUUUUUUCCAGCCCUUAAAAAAAGUUUAUUUCUUUAUUCCUAAACUAUUAUUUCUUUUUCAGAAAGAACUGUCUGGGCACAAGAACAUUGUAGGGUAUUUGGAUUGUGCUGUUAAUUCUGUUAGUGAUAAUGUUUGGGAAGUGCUCAUCUUAAUGGAAUACUGUCGUGGUAAGCCUCUGUCACUUUAAAUAUAAAAAAUUGUCUAACACACAAUAGUUACUUUCAUAUGAUAGUCCUUGCUAUAUUAAAAGUGCAAUCUUACUCACUUUUUUAUUAUGUGAACUGCCCUGAGAUCUUUUGAUGAAAGGUGUUAUAUAAAAUUAAUUAAUUAAUAAAAUGACUGUUCAGAAGUAAGUCCAACUGAAUUCAGUGGUGCUUAUACCCAGGCAAAUGAGAGUCUUAAGGUGGUACUUCAACUUUUUAAAAACAGCGCUCAUAGUUGGUCAGAGAUUUAAAAUGUUUGUGUUUUGAAUAAGUAGUGUUUUCACUGUGCUAACAUCCUCUUUAAUGUAAUAUUGUAAUAUCUGCCUUCUUUUUGUAGCUGGGCAGGUAGUGAAUCAGAUGAACCAGAGGUUGCAGACAGGCUUUACUGAGCCAGAAGUGCUAAGGAUAUUUUGUGAUGCCUGUGAAGCUGUUGCUAGGCUGCAUCAAUGCAAAACUCCCAUUGUUCAUAGAGAUUUGAAGGUGAGAGGAACUGAGAGGAAUUCUUCUGUUCUUGAAAUAAAAUCUCUGUAUUUGACUCCUGUUUUAUUGCAUGUAACAACACUAAGUUUGAAUUAGAUUUAGGUACGUCUGUCCCUUUUCUUUUUAAAGCUAUUCACCAAUUUUGAAAAUCCUUGAAAUAGAUGUUUAUGCGGUGAUACAGUAGGGAUUUCUUGUUUUGAACAAGAGUCUCCAAAAGUUUAAGAACAACGUCAUUGUUUUUGUACAUUGUUCUUGAGUAACUUGAAUGAAAUAAGAUAUACUUUGGUAUUGCUGUAAUAGCAAAUUGAUAUGCAUUGCUUAGGAGAUCAUGUGCAACAUCCUUAGAUUUCCUUUUCUUUGGAUUAGGAAUGGGGAUAGGAAUGAAAUUUUGCUCAACCUGGGAAGAGCUCUUCACUCAAAUAUUUGAAGAUCGCAAAGGUCCAUGAUUGUCCCACUUGCCUGAAUCCAGCUGUAUUGCCCUUUAAAGUUGAAAGAGGCAGUGCAGAGAGCCUUUUUGUGCUACUCAGCUAGGAAAUGGCACCUUUGUGGGAGCUGUACUUCUGUACUUUUCAUUCUGGCUUUAAAGGGCUAAUGACCUUCAAGGCCAGGAGAAAGAGCUCUUCUGCUAGCCUUUAAAGUUCUGAGAAGAGACUGCCCAAAUUUUUGCAAGGAAUGUGAGGGUAUGGAAAAAUAGCAGGAGGAUGAGUGGAUUAUUACUUUUGGAUAAGGUAUGAGAAACCUGUAGCUUCCAGGUGGAGUUGGAUUCCAUCUCUCAGUCCUGCUUGGUAUGUUCAAUGUUCAGGGACAGUGGGAGUUGUUCAGCAACUUUUGGAGGACCAUAAGUUAUCUAUCCCUGGUUUAGAGGGUAUCAAACUUUGCUACACCAUAGGAAUAACCACCAAUAAUGUGUUUGUAAUUGAAGGUUAGCCAUUGUUGAAUAAUGGCAUCAAUCUGAACAAAACAUGGCAGUGUAACAUGCUGUGCUUAGCUUCUUCAUUUGGUUAACACGCUUUAACAAUUGGAUCUACAGCUUACAUGCAUUUGGCAAUACUUUUUUCCCUUUAGAGCAAUCUUGGGUCCCAAGAUGUUGGACUACAACUCCCAUCAUUCCUGACUAAUGGCCCUUCUCACUAGGGAUGAUGGGACUUGUAGUCCAACAAUAUAUUGGGAUCCAAAGUUGAGUAAGGCUGCUUUAGCGUAUUUAAGCUUGGUCCUUCAGUAUUGGUGCUGAAGUAUGAACACUUUAAAGUGCCAUUGACCCUGCCAGAUUAAGACAUUAAAGGAAAGGUGACUGCUUGAAAAUUAGGAAUGCCUUCUAUUUUAUAUGCGUGUGCUUUUUUCUUUCUUUCUAAGGUUGAGAACCUUUUGUUGAAUGACAGUGGAAACUAUGUCCUCUGUGACUUUGGCAGUGCCACUAAUAAAUUCCUUAAUUCUCAGAAAGAUGGAGUUAAUGUAGUUGAAGAAGAAAUUAAAAAGUAAGUUCAAUUUCUUAGGGCAGCUUUUUAAAAAUCAGUACUCUGACAAUCCUAGAAUUAUCUGUCUAAUAACAAUAGGAACACAUGCAUGGCAACUUCAAAGUGUCGUUCUACAUAUGCAUAGGUAUUUUAGAAGGUAAACAUCAUAAUAUGGCGAAAGAUCCAGUUUACCACAUGGAUAUAUAUCUACAUCUGGAUAUGAGCUUGUAUCAGUGUCUUUUAAAGCAGGAUAAAUACAUUAAUCUCUCUCUUGAGUGCUAGAUGCAUGAUUUUCUGUUCCUUUCUCCCUUGUGUGUACUGUUAUGGUAAUCCUUUUCAUGGUCUCUCUCCUUCCAAGGGUCAGUCCAUGAAUAGAGAUUAGUUCAGUUCUUUGCUAUUUAGAACACAAAUUUGUAUACGUUCUGUGAUUAUAGUGCCCUUUUUCGAUGGUAUGUUAUAAUUGUGGUUUGAAUUCCCAGUUUCAAAUUUAUUGUUUAAAAUCAGUACAUUCAAAGAGCUAUAAUAACAUAAUUUUAAAAAUUGCAUUCAAGUGCCAUUGGGCCUCUAAGAUGCUUUUUCCCUUUUCCUUUUUGUUACUCUGUUGCAGCUUGCAUUUUAUUAAAAAAAGAGUGAGAAAGCACUUGCCCUCUAGGCUGCAGAGGUCAGUUUAAAAAUCUGAUUUCAAAAUGGUAAAGGCAUGAAAAAGGAGCAAGUAGAAAGAAACAGCAACCCUAUUGACUUUACAAGUUCAUAAUUUUGUUACAUUUUGAGGAUACUUUCAGGAUAAUAACAAAAGUGUUAUCAUCAUAUGGUGAUACAUAAAAGAAUUAUUACUCUUUGAUACGUUUAGGCUUUUGCCCAUAUUGCUGAAUUGCAUUGCCCCAAUCUUAGUGCAGUAAUGCACAGUCUGAAAAUUCAAAACAAGUCUAUAUUUUAUUGUUCACCUUUAAUUAUCCAAUUAUAUGUUCAUAGGUAUACUACGUUAUCAUACAGAGCUCCUGAAAUGAUUAAUCUUUAUGGAGGGAAACCAAUUACUACCAAGGCAGAUAUCUGGGUAAGAAAACUGAAUACUUUUACUGUUGUUGAAUAGGAUAGAAUUUGUUGCAUUUCCCCCACAGAAUGUUCCUUUAUUAAGCAUAGUAUUUAAAUAAAAGCUUUAUGAAUAACACCGAAAUGGCUUGCAUAUCUGAAUGUUUGUUCAGUCAAAUAUAGGGUAAAAUACAUAAUCUCAAUUAAUAAAUCAUUAUACUUGUUACUUGUUUCUUUGUGCUGAAUCAUGGGGAAAAAAUAGGAUUCAAAUUCUUGUAAAGUGCUUUAAAUGAAAGCACUCCAUUAGCAAAUCUACUGUAUAUUUUGAAGUGCAAAAGGUUGAGCAAUUUACCAUCUCUAUGAAGCUUGACUGUGUGCCAGCAGCAGCAAGAGAUGCUCUUAGCAAAGCUUUUUGUAUUUGGUGAUUUCCCCCAAUAACUGUGUUUCACCUGCUGUUUCACUCCAUAGGCUCUUGGUUGCUUGCUAUAUAAGCUUUGUUUCUUCACACUUCCCUUUGGUGAGAGUCAGGUUGCCAUUUGUGAUGGAAGCUUUACCAUCCCAGACAAUUCACGUUACUCCCAUGGUAUACAUUGUUUGAUAAGUAAGUAACUGAGGUAACUUUCAUUUUUUUUUUAAUGAUAUUUAUUAAAAUUUCAAAAAAUACGAGAAUUACACAAAAACAAAAAGUAAAAAUACAAGAAAAUACAGAAUACAGCAAGAAAAAUAAAAAAACCCUUAUUAAGAUAUAGCAAAGAAAUGAAAAAUAAAAAGAAACAUACAAAAUAAAAACAGUUAAGAACACAUUAAUUUUCCAUAGCAUAUCUUCCUUAUACUUAUUUCCCCGGACCUCCUCGUACCUCCCUUUUUUGUAUUCCAGUUCAGUUUGUUAGUUCAGCAAAUCCUUACCAUUAAGCUUUUACCCAUUUGUAAACCUUUUUUCAUAUCUCUUAAAGCAUUACAGCUGGAAACCACUUAGUUUCUAUCCAACAUCCUAGUAACUGAGGUAACUUUCAAAUUACAUUGUCUGUGAAAUGCUUUAAUCUUUGAUGGGGUGCUAAACCAAAAGUGAAUUACCUUGCUGAUUGAAGGUUUCAUUGCAUAGAACUUUGCUGAGUACAUCUGUGGAAAUAAUGUAUGUUUGCUUUCAAGUAUAUGAUCAUACCAAUAUUAAGAUAAAAGGAAUCCUUCCCCAGGCCUUUUUGAGUGUUCGUUUCAUUUUAUUUUCUGCUCAGUGCUUUGACAGCAAUAUACAUAAUACAUGUUGCAUACAUUAUUGCAUAACAAAAUACAUAUUCUAAAACGAUUCAAUCCAAAAGUGCCUCAACAAACACUAAUCAGUAUAUUGGGUCAGAUCUAAAUUUUGCCUUCUGCAAACAAAGGCCCUUUUCAUCUACGGAAACUUUUUGUGUCGGCAGAGGGUUCUCCUGAUGGACAGUGAGGAGUUGGCUUUGAUGAUAUCGCUGUCCUUCUCCCAACACCAUCUCUCACACGGUUCUGGAAGGUUCUUUCCAGAAGAGGUUGAAGGGGAAAUUGGUAGAAGCGUUUCUCCCUUUCCACCAGAGGCUUCUUCAUGAGAAGAACUCUGUUUGGGAUACUCCUGCUUAUUGAAGUAAUGCUAGGAUCCAAGCCCCAGUGCCACAAAAACAAAAUCUCAACCAUAGCCUUAAAAUGGAAAAAUAUAAAUUGAUGAGAAAAUUUAAGAAGGGAAAAUAGGCCCCCUCCAAAUCUUAAUGCAUAAAAUCUGUUUAAAAAACCUAAGGUUCUAAUAUAAUCAAAGGGAUUGCCAACCUGAUUUACCAAGCCAGGCACAUUUAGAAAAAGUGCCAUGGACACUAGUCAGAAAUUGACUUUCAUGGCGUAACACAACAUGGCAGCUGUGGGAUGUGUGGCAUAACAUUGAAUUAGACACACCCAUUGCUCUUUUCUGGUGGUACGCAGGGGUAGGCAUACUCCUAAAGAUUUUGUGAAUCUAAGUUUGGCCUUAUUGAGGGGCAGUAUUUCAGUAUGAGUAGGAAAAUGAGAGUACCCCAAACUUUUUUUUAGAAAAAAAGCACUGGAUACAGCACAGUUAUUACUACUUUUCUUUGCCCAUUCCAGCCUGGGACUAGCUCAGGUUUGCCAUGCAGUCAGCAAUGUCCUGUUGGUCUUGAUUGUGGCGGUUACGCAGUAAUGCAGUCUCUCACUCUCACAAACACACACACACUCAUGAACACAAUAAUGGUGUUGCUGUCCAAUAACAGAGCAUUUACCGGUACAGUGGUACCUCGGGUUACAGAUGCUUCAGGUUACAUACGCUUCAGGUUACAGACUCCGCUAACCCAGAAAUAUUACCUCGGGUUAAUAACUUUGCUUCAGGAUGAGAACAGAAAUUGUGCUGUGGUGGUGCGGCGGCAGCUGGAGGCCCCAUUAGCUAAAGUGGUGCUUCAGGUUAAGAACAGUUUCAGGUUAAGAAUGGACCUCCGGAACGAAUUAAGUACUUAACCCGAGGUACCACGGUACUAUGAAAAAUAUACAAGGUGGCCACACCACACUCACACUCCAGCACACACAUACAUACUUACUGUGCACUUACAGAUCUUAUACACACAUGCAUCUCUUUCUCUCAUACAUACCCAUUUCACAUAUACAUCUCUCCUUCUCUGCCCAAGUGCACCUCUCUCUAUGUUUCACAUACCACAUAUUCAUAAUCUCUCUCCCCCUUUCAUCUCCCCCCACCCCAAAUGCAUCUUCCAAGUGCAUCCCUCUCUCACACACAUGAACUGCUAUAGGAUUUUUUCUGGGGGGCAUGCGGGCAAAGUAAUACACUGAAAAGGGUGAUACAUGCUAAUUUCUCACAAAAAAUGAGAAGAAUGGUGUCUGUAUAUUUUACUUUGUAUAAUGCAACAUGAUAGAGAAGGCAAUUUUUUCUAGACUGCAUGGUGCCCAAUUAGUUUUAGGACCUGGCAGAUGAAAAUAAGAGGCUCGCUGGAUCUUGUUUGAGCAUUCCGUUUCCCACAGUAGGCAAUAUAUGCCUUCGGGAAGCCCACAAGCAGAAUAUGGACAACAGCAGCUGUUUCACGUUGUUUUACCCCCCUGCCUACCACAAAAAACUGGUUGUGCGGUACCUGUCUGUCCAUAGAAGCAAUGAAAGCUGCACUACAAAAUCUAUUUGAUUCACUUUUAUUCUACUUUGCUAAAUCUAGGCUUCUUUCUUGCUGCUAAUCUUUUAAUCUGCUGUAAUCUACAGGGUAUAUGCUUGAACCAGAUCAAGAACAGAGACCUGAUAUCUUUCAAGUUUCUUACUUUGCCUUUAAACUUGCCAAAAAGGACUGUCCAAUAUCCAAUAUCAAUGUAAGUAGAUCUUACAUAAUGCUAAUAUUUUUAAGGUUAGCGAAAGGAAUGGCACUAGCUUUUUGACUUUUUUUAAAAAAUGGGAACUCCUUCCCCGCCAUACAUAGUGGCUCUAAAUUUGGUAACUUCAGAUAAUUUUUCAAAACAUUCCCUUCAUGGCAAUUCAGAAAAACACACUGUGCCUGCUUUGAACAGUAAAUGACAUUAACCUAUGGUUUUUUAUAUAUCAAAUGCAAUAUAAAAUUGUUGGAUGGUCUGGGUACUUUCUCCUUUUUGAGCUUUCCUCUUGGAGAUGUCAGGAAUUGUUAAUUCAGUCAGUUAAUGCAAUUGGGUUGGUUCCCCCACAAAGUGUAUUCAGAAUUCAAGGACAUAGUAAAGCAGAAUGCUGCUAUAGACACAAUUUAGCCUACUGCAUGAUGAACUCUGCAGGUGCAGCAAAGCUUUUGAAUUCGUUCUACUCAUUCCCACAAAAAUCCCAGUAGUCCUUUUGCUCCUAGGUGACAUAGAAAGCUUCUGAAGCUAAAGGGAGUUGCAAAAGCCUUGGUCUUUAAGCUUAAUUAAGAUUCCAGACUAUGGUUUGUAUUUCUUGGCAUACCAGUGUCAGCUUUUUACUAAGUAGAUAUCAAAAAUAUUAUUUAUUUACUUAUUAUUUAGUAAAUUUAUAUACUGCUUUUCAUCCAAAGAUCACAGGGCAGUGUGCAACAUAAAAACGCAAAACCUGUAACAUAAUAAAACGUAUCACCCUUCCAAAACAGUUAAAAUAUCAUAUUCUUCCAUAAUUAAGGAAUUCAUUAUGAAACCACCUCUAAAUUUUAAAAUGGUGGCUGCAGGGAAUGUAGCUUUCUCUCCCUGCCCUCACCCCCGGCGAAGCAUUAAUCACUCCCUGGACCCACCUAGGCAUAUCCCCCUGUAGGAUAUUCAAUUCUGUCUGUCCCCACUGCAUAAUUUACCAUUUUGCCUCUUCCCAACAGUAAGCCAGUAUUUCAAGGCCACUGAGCGUUCUCAGUUCUCACACUGUUUUGGGGUACACUCUUGGAUUUUUUAAAUGUUUUUUGUACUUCCACAAGCCUUGGGGGUUUCUUCUUGUUCAUGAAUGGCAAUGUGCUGGGUAUAAAAGGACUGGCAGUCAGAGAAUUGAGCUCGAUAUUGAUAGAUAUAAUUAUUUGCUACUGGUGCUACUUAUUUUGGAACUUGCUACUUAUUUUACUUUCAGAAGUCUAAUAACGUGGUUAAUUUAUUUCCCCAAGAAUUCUCCUCUCCCUUCAACUCUUCCUGAGCCCCUGACAGCUAGUGAGGCUGCUGCUAAGAAAAGCCAAAUAAAAGCUCGGUGAGUAUGGCAGUUUUAUGCACUUUUUGCAUUAAAACAUUGCACCUUAAUAUGGUAAAAUCUUAUUUUUCCUCCCCUAACAAAAGUUGUUUGAAAACAUUUUUCCUUUUUCAGACAUUGUUAAGCCUUGCUUGUUACGUUGUCUUUUGUUGCUGUGCUGCUGUAGACUAGUACUAAAAUAUAAAGGAUAACUGAAUUCAGGAAUAAUCUCGAAGUAUUCAAGACCAGCCGUGCACAUGCAUAGUCACAAAUAAAAAGAGAUACCUAAUGUUGGCUAGCAAGUAUUCUUAUUAUAUUUAGAAAAUAAUAUAAAUACAAGGCAAAUACAUAAACUCACCAGAAUAGUAGUGGAAAAAUACUGGCUAGACUGGUGUGAUUGUUGAGGUUGAAUGUCAUCCACAAACUUCUCAAAAUUACAGGUGUAUGAGGGGAUCAUAAUAGUGGGUGGGAGUCAACUAACUUACACAUAGUAGACACAUUGAACCUAAUUUAGCUGUAUUCCGUGAGUCUACUCAGGGUAAAAUUUAGUUGAAAAUCACCCAGUGUUUAUGCUUUUCCACUGUGCUCUGUCCUCCCCAAACAGCUUGGGAUCAAUCUUUGCUAUGAGCCAGACAGGAGGAAAAGUUGAUGAUAAUAAUGGUGCUUCUGAAAUGGGUCUCUCUAAACAACAACAACAACAAUAACAACAACAACAACAAAAGAUACGAUUAAGUAUUAUCACCAUCAUCCAUAUGAUGCCUGGGUUCCCACCCACAAAAAACAUUUGAAACAAUGCCUGCUGUAGGUCAUGCAGCAAAGACAGGAAAGGGUUUCCAUAUCCUCCCUCCUCCCCAAAAUCAACUGAGGCCCCUCUCAAGCAGCUUCCCUGCUCCAUGUGCAUGUAGACAAUAAACUACAGCAGCAGUGGGAAGAUUUGCGUGUUUCUUCCACACACCACAUUUUCAAAAAGUGAUUCAAGCAGCUACCUGCUCCACAUGCUCAGCAGGCAACAAAACAAGUGACAUACAGUUCCUUUAUUUCUUCCUUUAUCCCAGUACACACAUUCUUUAAAAGCAUCUCAAAUAGCUGCCUGGCUUAGUCAUGCUGGCCACAUGACCUGGAAGCUGUGGGCCGGCUUCCUCGGCUAAUAAAGCGAGAUGAGCGCCGCAACCCCAGAGUCGGCCAUGACUGGACCUUUACUUUUAUUUAAAUAGCAAGUGGAUCCAUUGACCAGAAAAUGGUUUCUGCACAUGUUGCAUCAUAACUCUUUUUCUUGGAGGUCUAGAGACAUUUUUGAAAUAGAAAAAUGCAUCUGUGGGCACUGAUGGGGGCCACCAGUGCAAGUGGUUGAUUGAUUACUCCCACUACAAGAGAAUGGAGAUUGUGACAGUAUAAGGUACACACACACACACACACACACACACACACCCUUCUUAAUCUACUUGAACAAAACGUGCUUGCACAGGUCUACAGUAGUAAAACGCACAACUUUGAUCACACAUUGCACAAGAAGAGUGAGAAGUUGUACAAAUUCAUAAUAUUACUGUCUCUACGUCUAAUGUGGAGUUUCAACAAAGAACUGCUUUCAAUGACUCAUUUACCUGUUCUCAGUAGAAUAUUGCUUUGCAGAAAGGAGAAAACUGAGAUGGAUCUUAAAUUGCUCCUCCGUUCUCAUAAGGGAGGGAGCAGUUUCUGUCCGCUUCAACCCACCUCCUCCCUACACAAUGUACCGCAGCAUUCGGAAGGGUCUCUCAACCCUCAGUGCAAAUGUGUGUGUGUAUGUGCGCUUGCAAGGAUCUGCAGAGGGAAGGGGAAAUUAAUGAAAGUGAAUUCCGUUUCUAGAAGGAAAGUUAGGAUUCAAGUCAUUGGAGUGUAGUAAUUCAGUUAACACUGGUUAAGAGAUGUUUUGAAUCAGCUCUUAGUGUUAACCAAAUUACUAAAUCAUGACUGACUGAACUCUGUGAAAACUUUAGUCCAAUGAUAGAGUUAUUACUGAAGAAACCUUAUAAAUUACUUUAUGUAAUGAUUGCAGACUGAUCCAGUUUCAGAGAUCUGUGUGUGCAACAGAGGUCUCAGUCAACACUGAGCUAUUGACUACCUGAAAUACGUUUGGCACUCUAGAUCCCUCAUGUGUUAGUUACGUAUUGCAGUCAAGUAACUUGUGCUGGUUAUGGGCUGUGUGUGCAAAGAGGAAGACAGGAGACAUUGAGGAAAGUGGCAGAAGCAGAGACUGGAAUGAAAUGAGAGGGAAAUUCAUUAGAGCACUUCAUUUUGUGGAUAGCAGUAUUUUCAUACUUGAGUGUACACUUGUUAGUUAAAUUUACUGAAUACACACCAUAAAGAUGUGUUGAAUGGCACAUGGAAGAAUGCUGAAUCAAGCUGUUGCUUCCUGGAAAGGAGAAUAUUUUUCAAGACCCUUCUUGUGGUUAUUGCGCACAUUGAGAGAAUAUAUGGAAAGUUAUUUUUGUAUAAAUGACAGUGCAGAAGAUAUGCUUCUAAUCUUAACUAUACCCUUCUUUUUGAAGUUCAGAAAUUUCUAGAAUCUCUUUCAUUCUAGAAUAACAGAUGCCAUUGGACCAACAGAAACCUCAAUAGCACCACGACAAAGACCAAAGGCCAAUACAAGCACUGCCACUCCUAGUGUACUAACAAUUCAGAGCUCAGCAACACCAGUCAAAGUGCCAGUCCCUAGUGAUUUCAACAAUGGACAAAAAGGUAACUCUUCAAACUAAUGGAGUGGAUUUGAGUGAAAAGCAUUAUUAAGUUUGGAGAUUAGAUGGCACCUUUUUGCAAAGCCUUUGUGAAUCCUUUUGACAACUAUUUUGUUUUGAUUCCUGUAUAUCUACAAUUAUGAGUUCCUCCUUUGCUUUAUUGCCCAGUUGCAUCAUGGUAUGAGAAGAGUUGCUACACAAAGUUGUGGUGACAUACUGCUUUGGAAAACUCAGUGCAUGGUCCUUUUGACAGGUAGCCUAUUCAUUCAUGAAAAUGAACACUGGGAUUGGCGCACCUUUUUAAGGAGAUAUGUUAAAUUGCAAAUGGUUGUAUUUGCAUAUUGUUGUGGUGCUGAAAUUUCAGCUUAACAAGGCCAGAAUCACUGGAGACUUAACUCCAGAGUUACAGCUGAGAUUUGUCCCUAUGAGACAGAUUCACGGCCGGGGUGUGUGUGCCUUAAAUGACUUAACUAAAGAAAUACUUGCAAAGCAUUCUGUAGAGGAAUACGGACAGAGUUAAUGGGUUUCUGUGGUGGUUUUAUCUUGGAAUAGAGAAGUUAAAUGUGUAAUUUACUAUGAAGCUUUCCGUGUUCAGACUUUAAAAAUGCAUUGAACAGAUAAUGUGCAUUGAAAAUAUCCUAGGAGCCUCAAAAUCUGGAAAUAGCCAAGAGAGUAUGUUGUCCCAGGGAACUAAUCAGGCCCCACAACAAAAUAGAGUACUGCAACAACUACAGCAAGGUGACUGGAGGCUACAGCAGUUGCAUCAUCAUCACCACCAGCAGCAGCAGCAACAACAAUUGAUUCAGGAUGCAUACAUGCAUCAGGUACCAAUGUGUUUUGGCUGUAGUACAAACUAGUUUUCAGGUUUGCCUCUUCUGUUAUCAGUACAACUUUAUAAAUAUAACUUGCUAACAUUCAGUUGAUGGUUGUGCUCACUUUGCCCUUGGAGAAGAAUAUCCUGCCCGUGUCAGACUAGUUACUUUGGGUGUUCAACUUCAUUUGUAGCUUGGCUAGAUUACAUUUCUGGAGCUAUUUGUUCUGCAAGUACCCUUCUAUUACAUGUUCUCUGCUUAUGGCAUGCUGGUCUGGUUUAUAUUGGACACUGGGUGGGAAGAGAGUGAGGAUAAGAAGUUGGAACAGUAUGGUCCAGCUCUUAUUUUGGAACAAAAGUUGACUUGUCUGACUUUUUCCUCUCUUACAUAAAAUUAAGCAUUUACAGUAAAAGUGCUACUAAGUGCAGCAUCUCAAAGUUCUGCACAUGCCCCAAAGACAAUUAUUUGUGUAAAAUCACUUGAUCAGCUGGUAUUCAUGACUGAUAAGAUUUUGUCCCUUUCUAAAACAGUAUCAACAAGCAAUGCAACAGCACAUGAUUCAACAACAGCUUUUGAUGCGCUCUGCUUACCAGCAGCAACCUUCCCCAUCCUAUCCAGCCAUGGUAAGUUAACCUUUGAAUACAAAAUUCUGUUUACUUUGAUUACUGAUAAAUAUUACUACACAGAUAAAGAAGGGUAAUAAUUAGCCACUUAAAAAUUGACUACCUUAAAUAGCAUGACUCUGUUGGUGGCAUAUUUUCUUAACUACAGUUGCUGCUUUUUACAGAAACUGAAGGGAAGAGGAGGUAUUUCUUACUCUAAAACAGCAAAAACUAGCUCUCACUCCAGUGGUUCUUAACUUGUGCGCUGGUACCAUUCAGUCUCACUUAUUGCCUCUGAACCAUUGACUUACAAAUAACUUGGUAAUUGUGUGGUACAGACAUGGUACAAACCAGGCAUAGAUAUUGUAGGUAACAAGGGUAUUGGUUUGUUUGUUUGUUUGUUACAAGAUUAUUAAAUGGUGCUGCAUCUUUAAAUGAGUAUAGGAUUUGUUACUGGUAUUUUAAAUACCAACAGUUGAUAUUCAACUAAGAUAGCUUUCAAGAAACAGCUACCCUGUUUAGCCAAAUUGUCCUUUUAUUCUCUUCACCCCAGUUAAUCUCACCAAUACUUUAAUGGAGGACUCCCCUAGAAGUCUGUUUUUCUAUCCCUUAGGUUUGUCUUUUUGUAUUGUCCUGGAAAUCUUCCCUCUAGUACUCCUACUAGUAACCAGAGUGCAUCUUUUUAAGCUACUUCCCACUUCUUCCCUCAGCACUGCAAACUGGCGUGGAAUCUACACACAUAUAAAAACCGUUCUGAAAAUGCUUUUUUUAAAAGUGUAUUAAAAAUACAUGGAAUUUUCCAUAAGGCACACCAUUGCCAUCUAGUGUCACAUUGAAUAUUGCACUUAAAAUGUUUUAUUUGCAGCUGUAUAGCUGAGUCCAUGUUCUCCGUUCAUCUCUUCAGUCUAAGCCAGGUGAUUUCAGCUAUCUAGCAAGUCUUCAGCCCCUAAUCCACUCUACCUACCCUUUGGGUUCUGUUUCUUUCCCAGCCUUCUUCCUCUGCUGUCUUCUGACUGAUUCCACAAACACCAAUCACCAGCAACUACAACUACAACUACAACUAGCCGGCUUCUUUUAACUGCUGGCCAGCCUCUAGCCAUAUAUACCCUCCAGUCCAGCCCCAGCCAAUCACACUGUCUAACUGAAAAUUCUGAAUAGGCACCCACCCACUAAUCAAAAUUGUAUACUGCCUUUCCUUCUUUUGUACACUGAGAGUUCUAAUCCACAGCUGUAAAUUAAGGCUUCAGCCAACAGGCAAACGUAACUGUCACCGGAUCAAAUCAUCUUUGCACCUCAAAUACAUUACAGUAUAAAUGUCUGAACACAUUCCACAAUACUUGUUAAAACAUAAUUCAAAGUAACAGGUUUUCUUCACUGAAACAUUGGUGCUUACUGAGCAAAGCAAUGAAGGGUGUAUAGUACAGAUAACAUAUUUAUUGUUACUGGAGGAUCCUCUGUGUUACAUUUUAUUUUUCAUGUAAUUUUUUGCUUAUGAAACAACAAAAUGCAUGCCUUAUGAAAUGUUUUAACUAUGGAAGCAAGAGUUUCAUUUCAGGAAAAAUGAAUAAAUCAAAGAUCUUGAAGAUCUUGAGUAAAACACUCACAUAUUUAUUUGAGUCCAUUCCUUGCUUAAGACUGUACCUUGGAAAUAAUACCAUUAAUUUUAGUGCUUCCAAAAUGGACUUGAUAGCUAUAAUAUAUAGUUACUUAAGUGAAGAACAAAUUCCCCUUGUGUUGAAUACUGGGAUACAAGUAUUCUUGCCCAUAUUCACAAACAAACAAACAAAACUAUUUUGGCCAUGUUGCCUCAAUGUCACGUUGAAUUGAAAUAUUUUACUGUGCUUACACCAGGUGAAAGUAUAGUCGUAUUUCAUGUUUAGCAUAAUAUAAAAUCAAAUGGAUGUCAAAUGCUUAGUUACUUAUGUCACACUUGUCAACUGAUCUCACUCUUCCAAGUAAUUCAUUUUAAUUUAAUUGAGGGACCUAAGGAGCAACGCUUUGUUUCCUUGGGGAGGUGCUCUAGGCUGUUGUGGAGCUACCUCUUCAGUCAUAGGAGUCUGUGAUUGAGGUCCACCUUGAUGGUCUGAGUGAGGCCCUCACUGAGGAUGAGGUAGGCAGUAAUGGAAGUGCUCUGAGGGGGUUUUCCAAAGCUCCCAUCUCAAGAGGGUCUCCAUGUCAGCCACACUGCCCACACCACCUGCUCUGGCUGCUGCAAUCCUGGUGUGGUUUGGAAAGUGGCAGUUCCUCCACCACAGACUCCCCACCUCUAACCUCAGUAGAAUGGCUCUGUUGAUGCCAUUGUUUAGUGUCAGUAAUGGUAAGUACAUCUGUGUUGUCAAUUCAAUUUAGCUUUGAUAAUGUAGUUAAAGGUUAUGUUUCUGCACACAAUGAAAUUUAAUUGUUUGUUGAAGGUACCAUGAUUUUCGGAAGGUUCACAUUUUCUCCCUCUUUCUUUGAGGUGCAGCAGUACCAACAAGCUCUCCUACAUCAACAAGCCCUUGUGAAGCAGUUGCAACCUCCGAAACAUUCUCCUGAAUUUCUUGCCUCUCCUCAGGAGUUCUCACCAGCCUUAAUACCCCAUUCUAAAUCCUUUCCAACUCACGUUGGUGCAGCGUUGGACACACCUUAUACUACAAACAGGCAAGCCCCCUCAGUUGAUGUUUGUAAUAAGUACAAAGAUGUGCUGUAUGAUAACCCUCCCCAAUCUGAUUCUUAGAAUGCUGCUCUGAUUUCUGUGGGACACCUUAAUUGUUCAUUAUAGAAUAAUCAUUACAGAAUAAAAUACCUUUUCCUCACAAUUACAAAAGUGAUUCAUUUAAUGUAUUUUUAAUUAUAUUAUCACCACAAGUAAUUUUCUCAAAUCAAUUUUUACAGGUCAUCUGCCGCUGAUGCUGAGUCUGUUUCCAGUUAUCCAAAACAGAACGUCAGUAACCCUCCUGAUAUGUCUGGCUGGAACCCGUUCGGAGAAGACAAUUUUUCCAAGCUAACAGAGGAGGAGCUGUUGGACAGGGAAUUUGACCUUCUGAGAUCAAGUAAGGGACGCUUGAAGGCUUAUUUCGCUUCACAGUAAAUAAGAGCUCUUUAGGUUCAACCGGCAGUGCCAAAGACUGUUCUGUUCCAGGGUCACACAGUCUUGUUGUAGAAAACAUUCUGAGCGUUUGAGGACAGAACUAGGCCCGCUGUGUGUCUUGUCCUUCUGUCACAAAAAUGUGUGCAAUAGAAAUUAAUUGUUUAGCAUUUGUAUUAAUACAAAGAAUGUUAAGGUCAUCUCUUGAAUACUUACUUUUCUUGAGUGUGAAAUUCAAAAACGGAAAAUAAUGGGAUGUACAACAAUGCAGAACACCAGUCAGCUGCUUGCAUUGCUUCACUUCGCAAUUGUUCCCUUGCACACUAGAACAGAAGAUUUUUGUCAGUCUGGAAUGCUUUUGAAAAUGACUGAAAGAGGGGAAAUGACCUAGUACAUUAUGUUAAUGUUUUGUAAUGUCUUUUGAGUGGCUUAAUGUAAGGGCUGCUUUAUUGUUUGGACACAAUAGUUGAAUAAACUCUCUUAAAAGUCAAAAAGCUAACGUGUUUACUUGCAAUCACUUGCACCUCUGCUUGUUUUCUUCAUACAUAAUUUUCACAGAAAUGAGUUAUGGAGAAGGUAUAAGGUACAGGGCAGGAUAGAGAUUCUGAAUUUGGCAGAAAACAAAUCACUCAACACGUAAAUGACACUUACAGUAUAUGAAAUCGGUGAUGCAUUCUGGUGUCCUAAGUUUGAAAGUAACACUAGUUUGAAAGACUUGUAAUUCAGUCAUAAAGUCAUGGUUUAUUCUGAGCACAAGCCUUGAGGAUCCAUUGCAAUUUAUUAGGGAAGGGAAUUAUUUGGACUGGGGAGGGGGACAGGGUUUUAUAUUUUGAUUUUGUUCUGUGAACCGCCCUGAGACCUCCAGGUAUAGGGUGGUAUAUAAAUUUAAUAAUAAUAAUAAUAAUAAUAAUAGUAAGUCAUUAUGUAGCAUGCAGACAAAGAAAUGUUGAUUUUUCUGCUAUGUUAGUAUUUUCUAAAGUUUUUUCACAUAAAGGAAAGCAUUAAAAAGUCAGAAAGGCAUUUUCACAUCAUAUUUGGAGCAAGAGGAAAUGAAGUUUCCAGUCCUCAGUGCAACCAUUCUGUAGGCAGUAGUUUUGAAAAUCAGGCUAAUUUUGGUAGGCAUAUUAAAAAUAUGAUUGGGGAUCUUUCACAUUUGCAUUGAAAUUCUGCGGAUAAGCUGACUAGAGCUGAUCCUUUCAAUGUCUCAAUAGUGAGUUUGAAGAUUUGGCCAUUCUCAACUGCCAAUUGCCUCAUUUUGCCAUAUUGUGCUUGACAUCCUGAUUACGUUUUGACAUCUGACAUUGCCAUAUAUUCUUUACGUAACUAAAAUAUACUAAAGAAGAAAGUAUAGAAGACUUGACAGCCCUCAGCUUUGCAAGAAUGUUCUUUAUUUAGCUGAACCGUUACUGGAUCAAAAAAGAAGUGGACAAAUCAUAUAUUCACAGUGUUUUCUAUUGCAUGCUGAGAAUUUUUGUCUUGUAGAACUGGAAGGCUAUGUGAGUGAGAGGCUUUCGAGUGUCCUUUGGAGUUGUUAGAUGAACAGCAUAUCCAAACCCCGAGUAUUAAUGAAAUUAACAUUUACACUGUGGGAGAAAACUGCAACAAAAGUGUAGUACUGAUUUGUAUGUAUCGGAUAAAAUGUCACAAGUUUCCUUGUUUCUGAUGAACUACCGUUGUAUCUGGAAUUGUAGUUCCCCCACUAAAUUAAUAGAAGAUUCUCUCUAAUUAUUGUUUAUGCCAUAAUAACAUUUGCAUGCUUCACUGUUAGUAGUUGUUUUUUGAUCCCGAUCAAUAAACAGAAUGUUAUUUAAAAUGGAGCUACUAGAACUACUUCAGCAUUUUUGCUGAACUGUAUGUACUCAAUAAUGCAGUCUAAAUGAGCUAAGUAAUGUGUGGAAGUGAGACAAAUAAGGAUCAGUGUUGGCAAAUUGGAAAAAAACCUCCAGUUUCUGUUUUGCCCCCUAGUUUUAGUGAUCUGAGAGCAAGAAGGAUACAUUUUAAUUGUGGUUUGACUAGUGUACACAAUUAUUUAACACUAGAACAAAUACUGUUCCUCAUAGUGUGAAGAAGUCACGCAUAAUAGCCUUGAAAUGUACAUUACUUAAAUAUUUCUUCAUGAACUUUCUGUAUUUAGUCUGUCCUCCCCCCCCCCUUUUGGUGGUCACACUUGAAUCAGGUCUAAGACAGCACACCAAUCUUCUCCCGUGGCUCUUUUAGUGUUUGCAUAGAACAUGAACCUUUAUAAAAGCCUCAGUUGGCCAAAUUACUUUUAUAUAAUUAGCAACACAGCAUAAUAAGCUGACUGAAUGUUUUAAUAAAUCCUGUUUGUAAGUUGCGCUUGUGUAUUCCAAAAAUGGGAAUUAGUUAUGCUCUUCAAAAAGCAUUUUGAUAUGUAUGUAGAAGAGAAACUGUCCUGUAUCAAAAAUUGGUUGGCUGUUGAGUUUCUUUCUCUUGUAAAAGAAAGAAUACAAAACUUGAGGAAAUUGAAGCACCUUUUUGCUUUGCCAGAACAUGGCUUUGCUGUCCACAUAUUUAAAUAAUUGCUUAAGGAAUAUUUUUCAUUCACUGUGUUUUUUUAAAAAAGGUUGAACAUACAACCUUACCUGUAUUGUCCCUUACAAUGUUACAAUUCUAAUUAAAAGUAUUUACAUUUUGUUGUCUUCGUUCAUCACUACAUGACCUUGGCUCUGUGAAUACUCAACAUCUAUAUUUCAUUCAGCAAAUAGUAAAGAUUCCUAGACAAUUGGGGCAUGUACAAGGAAAAGUGCACUUGCUGUAAGGUUGCUUUUUCAAUUUUUAUACUGUUGUUUAAUUAUUUUAAUGUGACAAUUUUGAUGCGCGUAGCUGAAACUGUCUUUAAUGACUAUGGCUUGAACUCAGAUUUGCUUGCAUAGGUGGCAGUUUCCCUUUCUGUCCCCCAUUAUGUAUCCUCCUGAAAAGUAGCCUCUGUGGGUUUGGGGGAUCCUUCAGAAGAACAUGGGAUGGGGCCUGGCAGACUGCAGUGUGCAAUUUGUCAAAAUUGGGAAAAGGUGCUCAGAAGUGGCAUGGGGGUGAGCCCUGGAGGUUGUGGUAUAGGGGAGGGAGCAGGAAAUGCCACUGUGUGAACUACUCUACUUCUGCAAGUCCGGUUUCAAGCCAAUAUGAUCUGAAUCAGAGUUGGAAACUUGUUUAGAAUGCUAAGAUGCUUUUUUCGAAUUGCUAAUUACGGAUUUUUUUCAGAGGGAUAUUUGAAAAAUACAUGGGCUGGAAUCUAAACCCUGACUUGGGUAUGCUCAAACACUUGCACGUUUCUCAUAGUUUAUGUUGAACAGCAGAUUAGAACUAAGAGAAGAGCUGCAGCAACAAAAAGGCAAAUCCUCUGAUUCAAGGAAAAGUACAGAAUUUUAACCUCACAGACUUUUGAGCAAUUUUGGUUGUUCUUCUCUUCUUUUCUUUGCUAAAUGUCUGUUGGUUCUCUGCGGGCUGCUCCAUAUUUGUGUGAUGGAAACCUUGCUGGAAGUGGUGGUACAAUUUGCUAUUUCGCCUUACUAGCUGGGUUGCAGGAAGUCAAUGAGUCUUGAGUCAGUCAUUGUUUUUAUAAGACCUGUUUGUUUUUUUAAUAGUGUGGCCUACCAUGAGUCUUUAGGUCAGGGCUACCCAUAUUACCAUUUUAGGAAUUUAUAGACAAACCCCACUGAAACUAUUGAAACAUGGACGUGCAUAAUCCCCCUUCUAUUUCUGUGGGGCUUUCAAUAAGAGUCUUGGGAUGUUGUGCCCAUGAAUUUUUUCAAGAGCUGGUAAUAAGAUACAUCUGUUUAUUUUCAGCUGGCGUAAAAACUGCCAUUUUUAUUUUACUUUUUUGUUCUGUUUUCAUUUUUAUCCUUGCAGAUAGGCUCGUGGAGAGGAGAACUUCCUCAGAUAAGAAUGUGGAGCCACAUUCUGUUCCACAGAACCAUCCUCCAGAAGAUCCCUUUGGUUCUGUACCUUUCAUUUCUCACCCAGGCAAGUUACAUAAUGUAACAUCACUGCUUUUCAUUUAAAUAUCUCUUGAUAGUGCAUUAGGUUCGUUCUUGAAAUCAAUACUUGCUUCAGUAUCUUUCCUGUUCCUGCUGCUUCUCUAACCCAGAACAUGCCUGAUAACUAACACCAGAUACUGAAUUUUAGAAGACUUUCCCCUCUAUUAAACUUACUGGCAUGUUCAUUGCAGUGUUAAUCCUUACAGUAUUUCUGUAUUUUCAUAUUUCUACUGCAUAUUCACAAUAUUCAACAGCUGAUCAACUGCACAAGCUUUGUGCUGGUCACCUGCCAUACAUAAUUCAGAAAUGUGUUUUAAAGUGUCUCAGGAUAUUGGGAAGAUCCUAUUACCAUAUUUUUCGCCCUAUAGGACACACCGUCCCAUAAGGCGCACCUAGUUUUUUGGGGGGAAAUAAAGGGGAAAAAAUUAUUUCCCCCCCCCCCAGGCGCGGGGCUGGGGCGGGGGAGGCCCGAGCUUCCCCCGACCCCAGCCUCCAAACAAGCAGCUCUCUGCAAGCCGUGGGAGCCCAGCGCUGGCUCCCGCUGCUUGCGGAGAGGUGUGCGAAGCCUGCAUUCGCCCCAUAGGACGCACACACAUUUCCCCUUCAUUUUUGGAGGGGAAAAAGUGCGUCCUAUAGGGCGAAAAGUACAGUAAGUGAUACACAUGCUGUUCACAGUUAGUUGAAACUUGCUGGACUCUUGCCCUUAUUUCUAUCUUAAUUGGAGUCCAGAAAUAAAGAUUCAUCAAUGCCUACUGAACCCUAGGUGCAGAGACUCUCAUGUAUCCAUAUAGAUUUUUGGUUUUUUUUAGGGAGGUGGCAAAAUCACCCUUAGCUGUACCAGUCUUCCUAUCUAGGACGAACCUUUCAUUUUUGUGUUUUGCUAGAAUUUAGUUGCAUUUCAUUUAAAUUUAGUUUUAUCUCUUAACUGGUUGAGCUUCAUUGGGUGACAUGCAACUGAAAAGAACUUAAAUGGUUUUAAGUCCAUUGAGUAUGUCUUGGAUGUCACCCUUUCGAUUUGUUUCUGUAUCACAAAAUCUCAAUUAAAAUCAAACCAACAUAACAAACUCAAAGCAAAGUACAUUAAGAAGUACAAAAUGAGUCACCUGACACUGAUGGGUCAUCAGUGCCUUGUUCCAUUUUGUCCUGGUUCUUCCUGGAUUCCUAAGCUCUUAUAUCACUAUUCCAUCAAAUGCUAAAAACUUUCCUGAAGGGCUGUCUUCAGAUGUCUUCUAAAAGUCAUAUAGUUGUUUUAUCUGUUUGACAUCUGAUGUGAGGGCAUUCCACAGGGUGGGUGCCAUUACCGAGAAAGCCCUCUCCCUGGUUCCCAGUAACUUCACUUCUCACAGUGGGGGAACUGCCAGAAGGGGGAACUGUCAGAACUGGACCUCUGUAUCCGGGCUGAAGGAUGGGGGUGGAAACACUCCUUCAGGUGUACAGGGCCGAAGCCAUAUAGGGCUUUAAAGGUCAGCACCAACACUUUGAAUUGUACUUGGAAACCUACUGGGAGCCAGUGUAGAUCCUUUAGGACUGGUAUAUGGUCCCAGUCGCCGCUCAAAGGGAGCCCCACGUAGAAUGCAUUGCAGUAGUCCAAGCGGGAGAUAACCUGAGCAUGCACCACUCCGACGAGACAGUGCGCAGGCAGGCAAGUAGGGUUCCAGCUGGCAUACUAGAUGGAGCUGGUAGACAGCUGCCCUUGACACAUAAUUAACCUGUGCCUCUGUGGACAGCUGUGAGUCCAAAAUGACCCCUAGGCUGUGUUACCCCAUUCAGGACCAGGCAGUCCCCCACACCUGCCUACCCCCUGUUCCCCAGAAACAAUACUUCUGUGUUGUCAGGAUUCAACAAAAGACAAUGAUUGAGGCAUGUUUAGAGCCACCCUCUAGCCUCAGUUUGUAAUAUUUAAAUUACAAUAAUGGAAUCAAGACAAGAAAAUUCUCACUGUUUCAGAUGACUAUAAAUUCAGUUUGUCUUUUACUAGUUCCUUAUUACUGAAAGAAACCAUUUUCUCAGAUUCUACUUGAUCAAUUUCAUCAUCAGUGAAUAGAAUACAAGAGACUUCCAUAUUAUAGACAAGUUUAAAGUCCAUCUGUGUAUUUGAUAAAGAUAUACAGAAACAUACAUAAUUUCCAGGUUUCGCCUGUCCCUCAAAAUAAAGAGCAGUAAGCAGCCCCUAAAUCCGUCCGUGUUUGUCAUCUGCCUCUCUGCCUGUUGCCAAAAAACGGUGCAGAUUUAGUUGAUGUGUCUCAGUAAUCCUUGGUGCUGACAUGUGGCAAAUUUUUGUGAAAUGAUGAUGGCAGUAUGUUACCAAUUCAGAAGGAGAUUUAAAAUGGUUAUGCCUCUGCUUUCUCUCAGUCCCUGAAAUGAUGAACUAGCAGAAGGCAUGUAAUUACUCCAGUUGUUACAAGCCAUUCAUCCUCUUAUAAUCGGAUGUCUAGAAAAAGAACAUCAGAACAGAAAUAUUCCUUGAAGAUUGGGAUCUUAUGAUUAGAUGUUCUACCUGCAUUGAAUUUGAAGGAAGAACAAUAGCCUUAUACAAGAGGCAAACCUGAUUAGAAGAGAUGUAAUCUGCACAAUACAUUACAAGCAGAUGUUAUGCCACAAAGUUCUUCAGCUCUUCGUAAAUUUAGAUUUGAAAUGUUCAUUGCAGCAGUUUAGAGAUUACUUCAAAUCUUUUCCUACAUGUUGAUCUUAAAGCGCCUUAUUACAACAUUAUCGUGGCAUUAAUUUAAAAGUGAACUUGAGAUUUUCCUCCUCUUGAGCAUUUGCCCAAAUGUAACAAUGUUAAAUGAAAUAUGGAUUUGUUUGGUCUGAGAAGCUGAAUUGAUUUUGAAAUAGGUUAGUGCCUCUUGUGUGUGGAAACAUUUUAAAAAUAGCAUUCUGUGAGAGAAGUAGUCCUGAAUUACGUACUAGGACUUUUACUUGGGCCUAGGAUAAUUUUGAAUGUGGUGCUCCUAUAAAGUUAAAUUAGAAAUCGGUGUUCAGAAUCAUAGAAUUGUAGAGUUGGAAUGGACCAUGAGGGUAAUAUAGUCUAACCCCUGCAACGCAGGAACCUUUUCCCAACAUGAGGCUCGAACACACAACCCUGAGAUUGAGAGUCUCAUGCUCUACUGACUGAGCUAUCCCAGCUUCAAAGAAAAUAAGGUGGGCCUUUUAAGGUAUGCAGAAGAAUAGAAGCACCUACAAAGCUCUAUAUGAGCUCUUGGUUCAGAUCUCAUAUCAACAAAGAACUUACUACAUCUUAAAAAUUAUCUGCCCUAAGGGAGGAAGAAAUAGUUUUCUGUUUUCCACAUGUGAAUAAAAGAAUGCUCAUGCUGAUAGCCAUUUGAAAAUUGGUAUUCCAACAAGAAGGUUGUGUUAUACUCAUGUGGAAAGAUUAAGCUUUUUAAUCUUACAAAAUUACAUCCAUGUAAACAAGUACAGUAUCCGCGCAAAUGUUGAAAAUGGCAGGAUUUAGAUGGCAUGGACAUCUACAUUUCUGUUAUUACAGCUAUUCCUUUGGGAAAUCUACAUCAAGAGAUGAAAUCUACAUUUUAAUUUGACUUAGAAGAACCUGACACUGGGAGUAAACCUGAAAUAGCCUGAAGAUCUAAUCACCUGAUGUUUCUACUCAUUCCUAUUUUUUCUUAAAAUGCAUGUGCAGAUUUAUUUUGAAUUAUUUUUAUGAGACUGUAGAGAGCGAAGGUUCUUGAAUAUUGAGAUCAGAGUGCAGGUUCUCCCCCCCCCCAAGAAAAAAUUCCUCGGGUACUAAACAGUUAAGAAUGGAGUGCCCAUGCUAUGCCAGUAUAGGAGUUUCCUAGGGGCAUUAGAUUUCCCACUAUUGGAGGGAUAAUAACUAGCUAUCAUCUAAUGGACUGUUGCCUUGAUUCAGCGAAGCAGGUAUUUACUUAGGUAUUUUUUGCAUGUCCUAGGGUGGUUGAAAUGGGGUCCUCUUCACUUUACAUAAUACAUAUGCAAAUCCCACAAUGCAGCAAAUGCUGUACAAUGAAAAAUAAAAUUUUCUCAUUUGCCUUCAUUUAUUGUGAAGUCUAGCACCACUAUCAAAAAAGGAAAUGUAGUCCAUCUCAAUGUGUAGUAGCAGUGUUAAACGUAUACAGUAUGUUUAUCCGGAGUGUGGAAAAUUAAGAAGAAAUUGAAGUUCUCUUGCAUAUUCUUUCAGGUUCCCCAGGAAAUGAAAUUAAUAACUCAGACAGCAGUCUAGAGAACAAGGUAGGGAGCCCAACCAAAAAUGAGAGGUCAAGCCAGGCUAUUGGGGACCAUGAAAAUGUAAAGAAGGUGAGAGAAGGAAACACGAAAAAAGGAAAUGAUGAAUCAGAGAGUGACUUUGAAUCAGAUCCUCCAUCUCCUAAGAGCAGUGAGGAAGAGGAGCAAGAGGAUGAAGUCUUGCAGGGUGAGCAUGGAGAUUUCAUUGAUGACAACGAUACUGAACCAGAGAACUUUGGUCAGCAUCCUCUUCUAAUGGAUUCUGAUGAAGAUGCAGAAGAUGAUGAUAAACCAAGUUCUGACUCUGAUUCUUGCCAUGCUAGGCCUGUGGAUGAGAUGCCUUGCAGCAGAUACAGAGAAGGGACUGGCAGUGUUGAAAACAGGGAGCCUAAUGUAACAUUUCCUGUGUUGACCGAAUUGCCAAAUACAGUAACCAAGGUGAGCCCCAAACAAGAAUUUGAUGUCUUUGGAGCAGUUCCAUUCCUUGCUCUUCAUUCUCAAGAGCCCAAGCAAAACGAUAGCAAAGGUUUCUCUCCCCAGGCUACGCUCCCUGGCUUAGACCAAGAUCAGGAUGAUUUUGAUGUCUUCACCAAAGCCCCAUUCAGCAGAAAAAUAUCUCAGCAAGAUGACUUGAUUUCAGGUUCUGAAAACCAACCUUCUCCCAUAUCGCCCAAAAGUGUGGAUGCUUUUGGCUGUAUCCCAUUCCCUCAUUCCAUCCCAAAGAAUGACGAGAGUAAGGAGGACCUGUUUGGGCUUAUCCCGUUCGAGGAGAUAGCAGGGAGCCAACAGCAGCAAAAAGUGAAGCAGCAACGCAAUCUGCAGAAACUCUCCUCUCGCCAGAGACGCAUGAAGCAGGAAGUAUCAAAGAACAAUGGGAAGCGCCACCAUGGUACGCCAACUAGCACCAAGAAGACCUUGAAGCCCAGUUACCGCACACCAGAAAGAGCCCGCAGGCACAAAAAAGCUGGCCGUCGGGACUCCCAGAGUAGUAAUGAGUUCUUGACAAUCUCUGAUUCCAAGGAAAAUAUAAGUAUUGCCCUUUCAGAUAGCAAGGACAGAGUCAACCCUCUGCAAGCAGAUGACGGUCUUCUGGAUCCCUUUGGAGCCAAGCCUUUCCACCCUACGGAACUGGUGCUUCUUCCACAGCAUCAAGGUUUGGGUGAUCAUUGUGGAGACUAUAACGCAGUAGUUCCUGGUAGACCUAGACAGAGUUCACUACUUGGUACCAUUCAUUCUGGCGAUGGGAUAAAAUUAACAGAUGAUUUUGGGGCAGUUCCUUUCACGGAAUUUGUUGUGCAGACUGUGACAUCUCAACAAAGCCAGCAGCAACAGACAGUAGAGUUGGAUCCUUUUGGGGCUGCUCCAUUUCCUUCCAAACAAUAGAUUGAACCAGGAGCACUGUUGCAUUAUUUAAGGAUUUUCUGUACCACCAUAAACUAUCUGGUUCAACUGAGGAGAAACUUUUUUUCUUAGUACAAUUGAUUCAUUUCUCAGUAGAGAACCUCAUAUUUUAAAAUCCGCUAUCUUAAGCAUACAAUAUUGAGAUGGAGAAGAGGUAAAAGAAUUUCACUAAGACCUUCUGAUCUCUUUUCAAAAUCUCCUAUCUGUUGUUGCAGCUACUGCCUAUUACUUUUUCAACAAACAGCCAUGGUGUGCUUUUUACCAUGUACUCUUCACCAAAGAGGUCGUUACAAAAAAGAUCUGAUUUGAGGUGUGUUAUAACUGGCCUGAGAGGAAUGAGAAAAUGCCUAAAUAUGUAAGAAGCUGGAUUGAUCUGGGACUGCUUCACUUGCUUGUUGUGGGAUCCCUCCUAAAACAUCUCUGAACUUCUGAGGUUUCUGACUUGACAUUAGAUUCCUAAACAUCACAAAAAACCCAAACCUUUGUAGCUGUGGUUCCCAGAACUCUGCUUCCUGCCCCCAGUAAGUGCCAUUAAUCUAAAACAGGGAUAGUUCUAACUCUUAAGAUCUCAAGAACUUAGUGGAAUACAAUAUUAGAUAAAGUUGGGAGUCAAGGAGGAAAAUAAAAAUACAUAGCUGGAUUCUGCAACACUUCGAAGAUUAUAUAGUUCCAGCUUGGUUUACCUGCAUAUACAACAUUCGACAGACAGAGAAGACAAAAGCCGGAAAUUUGGUGGCAAGUUCUAACCUGUACAGCUCUAUUAUAAAGUAGGAUUUUCACCUAAUGUAUUUUUCUAGGGUUUUGUACUCCGUGGUAUACCCUAGAAAUGUCUUUUGAAUCACUCUCACUUAGCUCGUCCCAUUUAAUAUUUUUGAAUGCAUUCUGUCUCACAAUAUUGUACUUAUCUUGAGAGUUCAUACAAAAUACACGUAACUCUAAAGAAACUUUUAACUUGAAUUUAGGCAGUUUCCAGCACUGGAGGUAUAAAACUGAAGCCUUUAAAAAAAAUGAUGCUGAUUUGAGUCUGCUACCAGUAAACUGCAUAGUAAACCACCAAUGCCUUACAGCCAGGACCAUUGUCCUGUCAUACUUUUACCUCUGAGCCAUUUGGUGCCCUUGAGACACAGUUUAAAAACAUGUAGAACUUAGAAGGUGAGUAUUUGAUGCUUUUCUGAACUUCCCACGUGGACAAAGGUGUUCAUAAUGUCCUUGGCUGUCUGUGGCCCAUUCUUGACUAGCUGCGGGAGCUCUGGCUUGAAUAAGUUACACAUUUCAGUUCCUUGGGCUACAAUCCAGCCCAGCUUGGCUUUCUUUUAAACAUGUAGGUGUGAAAACACUGCAGUAACCAGCUGCUCCUAAAUCAUACAGAAGUGAGUGGUCAGGAUCCAUGGAACACUGCAAUGUAGUUCCAGUGCCUAUGCAGAAGCAGCUGACCCCUUGCUCCCAUGAAAUAUAGCAAACUAUUUCUGAAACUGAAAUGUUUCAUAUGUAUUGGGUCAACUGUAUAAAAGGGGUCAAAAUCCUACUUCAUGCAUGCAAGCCUGAAAUGUUUCUGGAUCCUGGGCUUUGCAUAGCCAUUCACAUUGUAAAUCUGACUUUACGCAAAAGGUGCAAGAACUGGGCUCUUCAGGUAUUGUUUACCUGACUUGAAUAUGAACUUGUGGGAGUAAGAAAUCUAAAAGAGUUACUGCCCUGGGUGAAUGACUUUCCGUAAAUGCUUUCCCAGCAGCGGACUCUUGCUCUCCAGCUGCUGUGCAGAAGCAAAAUAUCAAAAGAAACUUUUUUUGUGUGUAACAUGAUGCUAAUACAGGAUAAAUUUGACAGAGGCAGAAGAAGAUGCUUUAAAAAAUGAGAACUUUAAGAAAAUUUGAUGGGGUUUUUGGGCGAUCAAAAUAUGAUUGGACGCUCUCUCCAGAUGUAUGUUUCUAGUCCUGCAAUGUUUCACUCUUUUGUCAUAUCAAGCACAAAUCCCAGGUCAGUUAGAUGUCUUGUCAUUCUAAAUAUUUCUGUAAAGCACAUACGGCAAAAAAAUGGCUAACUGUGCACAUACCUCAGAAUGCCUGCUCUUUUAUUCUUGUGCCAAAGCCUCUUUGAGCUAAAUCCAGGUUUUGUAACAAAGGUUUAUUAAAACUGUAACCGGACAGCUCUAUUGAAGUGCUGCUUCAACUGUGACAAGAUUUCCUACCCAUAAAGAGAUCAGCUGCAUGGUCCCAGCAAAUGAGCACACAAAUAGAUGCAGAGAGCAAACAUGUAUAUGUCCCUCGUGAUUGUUUCUUCUAUGGAAAGGUUUUCUGUGGAUCAAACGUACAAUGUUUGAAGCAGGUUGGAGUUGCAGAGUUAAUCCAGAGCUGCCCACAACUAGCUGAUUCCAAUGUAAUAACUUCUACUUGUGCGCUUGUAAGGUCUUAAGUGCUUUCAGGUGGCACAAAAUAGGCACAGCAGCUCUGGUAGUCAAGUUAACAGUCCCAUUAAAAGUAGUUGACUUGUCCUGUUGAUUUUGACAAAAAAAAAUCUGGCUCAGGAACAGUAUCUAGUGUCUGAUCUUAACCUGGCAUCCGGUUGGUAGCCAGCUUUUAUAUUCCAAGCUGUCUGAAAAAUCCUUCCUUUCCACAAGACUCCAUGUGCUGUGAAAUACGAACACUAGAUUUAGAACAACCUGGUCAUUUAAUUAUUUGUAGUAACCUAAAACCAUUGCCUGCAUUUGUCAGAGGGGUUUUCCAUAUAUCUGUACUACAUGCCUAGUUAUUGGCAGAUAAUUGAAUUCUGAACAUUUUGUUAUUGAGAUAUGGAAUGCCUUUGACCCAAGAUGAAAGUAAAUCUUAUCCUGCAAUAAUUCAAAGGCAGUGGGGAACGUAGAAGCAACACUUUUGCAUUGUUCUAACAAUUUCCCUACUAUUUAUCCUAAGAGUUUGUUGGUAUAGAAAAUAUACACAUUUUUCUCAGUCAUCACCUCAAGUCCUGAGACACACUUUUCAGCAGUCUCUUGGAAGACACCUGCACUGCUCAGUUCAUGCUGUUAGCUUGGCAAUGUAGAGUUAAUAAUGGAUGCAACUCUGCAGGACUGGGCCAUAGACAAAACGUCUGUAGCAUAACCCUUUAAGGCCAAAAUAAACGUGUGGCCAUUGAGAUUGUUGCCAAUAUUCUUUGCUUUCUCAUAGAGCCUUGCUUCACGUAUUACUGAUUGCAUAUGACUUUAUUUUCAUAGGUUUUUGUAAAUAAGAACUUUUGUUGAUUUUCCUUUGUGGUUGCCGGGGUAUACUGGCAAGACCCCACAGAAUUAAUUUCUCCCUAUGUUUGUUUGUUGCUAAAGAGCUGCAGAAAGCAGGUUUAAUAAUUUCCUUCAGUUCUGGACUUCAUUGAAAGAAGUGAUUGGUAGUUUGGGAGAAAUAUUUUUGCUUGCAUUGUGUACGUGUACAUAUAUUUGAAAUCCAGCCUACCAUGGUCUUUCCUAGAACCAUAGGAAGAUUGUGAAGUAUUAGUUCAUAUCAGUGGCCGCCAGAUGGAGGAUUUUUCACUACUCCAAUGGUUUGACCUUUCCAAUUAGCAUAUAGCAGACAGCUGGGUGCAUCUUCUAAAAUCAGCUGCAGAAUUAGUUCAUCUUGAAGCAGUGUUGCGUGUUACUUCUGACAUGAUGGUCACCCUAAGGUGCUUUUAUUGUACAGAUUAAUAUAGCAGACAUGCUCCUAAAGGUUUAAAAGCAACAGGAUCUGGUUCAAUGUUAGCCAUCACUGGUAAAAUCAGCUCAUGGUUACUAUACCAUCACCCAAAUUUGUGUGAUUCAGUUCUUUGAAGGUACAGUUGUUGAUCUUGGUGAAAGAAACUGAAUCCAUACCCCUAUCCAAAUAUCAGUUAGGGUGGGUGCUUACUACUUCCAUAAUUAUUCUGUAGAAAAGGAGGCCUAUAUCUUACAGCUUGAUCCUGCAUCUCUUGAACUAGGUUACAUGUGUCUGGUAAUUUUAGAGGGACAGGAGCAAUGCCCAAGCUUCGGGAGGAGGGCUGCCUAAAGUCUGUCCUUUUCACCCAGAAAUAACUACUGUGAGAUUGAAUGGCUGUAGCUACUACUGUGAGAAUUGCAACUAGAGUCUAUCUGAAGAUUUUUUUUAUAUGAUAGGGCGUAUUUUUAUAGAGAGAAACAUAUAUAAAACAUACAUGCACACAUCACAUCUCUUGGGAGUUUGUGAUCUAAAACAACAUUGCAGUCACAAUCAUUGUCAUGGCGUUGGAAAAAUAAGUAUAGCCAAAAGCUGCUAAGAGUAACAAUGAAAUGCAAAGGACUGGCUGCCCAGUUAUUUUUCUAAAGCACUUCAUUGAAAAGAAAUAAAAUAAAAGUAAUAGUGUCUAUAGCCAAGUUUUGUUUCUGUGACUAAGAACAUCACUCAAGAAUAAAACAAUGCUAUAUUUUAAUUGCUGGCAAACAGCUUUAAGUGCACUUUUCAAAUGACACUUCCAUUUAUUGUCAAGACUCAAAAUUUCUAAAGCUUUUUUUGUUGUGUGUGUACCACUAAAACAGAACUUUUGUGUGAAAUUAAUGUAGCUGAGAACUGUCAGUUGUUACUAAAUAAAUAUACCAGAUGCCAUGAUUCUGUAAACCUGUGUAAUUUUUACAACAGAGCCGGGGUGUUCUAGAUCUUGCCAUGCAAAAUGCUAAUUGAGUUUCCUGUGUAUGUUGCCUCAUAUGAAAAAAAAAAAUAUAUUGCAUUAUUUACGCCUCCUGUUGUUUCUUUUGCUGCAGUCAAUGCCAGUAAUUAGCUCGUUUUGUGAACUUAUUUAAUGACAAUCAACAAACCUAUGAAGACGUUUCCCUAACUUCAGCAUCUUGUUUUGAUACUUGUUCCAAGGACUUGGGCUACCAUAUCCUAAGCAACACCGGACAUCGGUUUGGCUUUAUAUCACAUCAAGUUUCGUCGUACCAUCUGACAGAACUUUGCGAGAUUUAGUGUUUUGUGACAGCUUUGAGGCUGCCGAUACCUUUAGUGCUUUUCAGAACUACAGCUUAAGAGUUUCUUUGAGGGAAGCAAUGCCAGUGGUAGGACAGAUGUACUGCAGAGUCAUGGCCUGAGACAAGGUGGGUUGCAACAGGAGCACUACCACAAUGCAAAAUAUUUGAGUAAAGAUUAAGAAAAGAGUUCCCAAAUAAAUGUUUUUGUUUAAAGCCGGC